GAGAAUAAAACAAAAUAUUAAAAGAGGUUCAACCACCAACAAACUUUUUCCCUUUCCCUUAUUUUCAGAGUCUCUUCCGGGCAAUGUUACUCCUCGAAAUUUGCAUGAACAAACCUAGCUAGUGGCAUUGGGACUUUGAACUUUUUUUGAUGUCAUUUUGAAGAGCUCUAUUUUUUCAUUGUGGUGAUAAUGGGCGAAGCUGCAAGAUCAAGCCUGAUAGCAAUGAACGAAGCCAUUAGCUUCCUAGUUUUCAUUAUCCUGGACAUUGUUGAUUUUCUGCUGUGUUAUACUUACAAAGUAGUUGAUUUCCUAAUUGAAGCAGAGUGGAAGCCCUGUUAUUGCUCUUCCACUAAAGAAGCCCUAACGAGCAGCGGCUCAAUCUUGGUCUCCGAACGAGGAGAAUCCAAGAUAGUGUGUCUCACUUGUUCGAGCAAAUUACAUCUCGAAGAAAUUUCAGACACACUUUACACUCGGCCAUCAUUCCUGUCGGAGGUGUCAAAAUUGAAACGCCGGAAAUUUGACAAUGCGGGUCUCCGUUCAACUUUCACUGUUAAUAAUUCCACCGUAGUGGAAGGCAAAAUGGGUGCUCCUAAUCUGACUACUCCUAGGUGGUCGGAUUGUGAUUGUAACACUUGUAAUUCUUGCUGCAAAGAUUCACUUUUUGUCCGAGUUGAUGGUGCCAAAGCAAACUUUGAAGAAGAUGUACUCUUCCUUCAUGGGUUCAUUUCCUCAUCAGCAUUUUGGACAGAGACAUUAUUUCCAAACUUUUCCAAGGCAGCCAAAUCAAAGUAUCGUUUAUUUGCAGUGGAUCUGUUAGGAUUUGGAAGGAGUCCAAAGCCAAGUGAUUCACUUUACACAAUAAGAGAGCAUCUAGAGAUGAUUGAGAAAUCAGUUAUAGAGGGACACAGAGUGAAAUCUUUCCACAUUGUGGCACAUUCAUUAGGUUGUAUUUUGGCUCUAGCACUAGCUGUAAAAUAUCCUGGAUCAGUCAAAUCCCUCACUUUAAUUGCACCGCCAUAUUUUCCAACACCAAAGGGUGAACAGCCGACGCAACAUAUGAUGAGAAGAAUAGCACCAAGGCGGGUGUGGCCACCCAUAGCUUUUGGCGCGUCCAUAGCAUGUGGGUAUGAACACAUAAGCAGAAGUGUUUGCCUUGUCAUAUGCAAGAACCAUCGGUUGUGGGAGUUUCUCACAAAACUUGUUACCAGAAACAGGAUUAGGACAUACUUAAUAGAGGGAUUUUGCUGCCACACACACAACGCAGCAUGGCAUACACUACACAACAUCAUAUGUGGUACUGCUGGAAAAAUAGAAGGAUACUUAGAGAUGGUGAAAAACAAGCUAAAAUGUGAAGUGACAGUGUUCCACGGUGAAGAUGACGAACUUAUUCCGGUUGAAUGCAGCUUUAAUGUACAGUCAAGAAUACCUCGUGCACACGUUAAAGUUAUCCAGAAAAAAGAUCACAUCACCAUUGUUGUUGGAAGACAGAAAUCAUUCGCAACAGAACUUGAACAAAUAUGGAAUAAUGCAAAAUUGUGAAUUCCCCACCAAUCAAUCAUUUCUAGUAAAACAAACAAAAUAUUUUUAUCCUUUAAAAAAACUGAUCGAUCUCAUUUCUAUGUCGCUCAAUUAUGUAUACGUCCUCUAGUUUAAAUAUUAAUUAUUGGGAUAUGAAAACAUCUUUUCUAUGAUCAAACAUCAUUAUUAAAUAUAUA